UCUCAUUGCUGCUUGAAGUCAUACUUGCCGGCAAAUAUUAUUUUUAUUUCACGUAAUGUUUUUUUACAUCCUAAUAUAAGGGAACACCUGAUACUACAAUGGACCGAGUAGGUAAGGAUGUGAAGUCACCUGUGUUGAUGCCAGUUUUAUUGAGUGCCGUUGCCAUUCCUGUUUCCAUGCUUUUUUGGACCAUUAAUGUUAUUUACACAUUCGUUAAUCCCACUGUUAAUGAACACGUUGAUGAAGGACACAACGUUAUAUCGCCAUGGAGAUGGCUUGCAGCAGUGGUUAUUCCACUGUUAUGUGCACUAUAUGGAAUAAAGAAAAAAUCUAUAGACCUGAAAGGAUCUAUCCUUGGUUUUCUGAUAGGUUUCAUCAUGACACUAACAAGUUUUGCUCACAUAGCAUGUCUACUUGUCUUCUUUCUUUCUUCUUCAAAGGCUACAAAAUUUAUGAUUCACAAAAAAAAAGAAAUUGAAGAACUUGCAUCAGGGACCAGGAGAAAUUGGAUCCAAGUCGCUUGCAAUGGUGGAAUGGCCAUGCAGUUGGCUCUUUUAUAUUUAUUAGAUGUCGGCUGUGGAGAACGUCCCAUUGAUUUUGAUAAGUAUUACAGAAGUUCAUGGUUGUCCGUUGCAAUAAUGGGCUCUAUAGCUUGCUGUAAUGGAGACACGUGGGCUUCUGAAAUCGGUACAGUUGUUGGACAAUCAGAUCCUUUGCUCAUUACAACAAGAAAUAAAGUACCAAGAGGGACUAAUGGUGCAGUUUCCUUGGUUGGUCUGAUUGUGUCUGCACUGGGUGGUCUUUUAAUAGGUUUAACGCAUUAUGUGGCCUUACUUUAUACAGUCGACAGUGCUGUUCUUGAAACGUCGGCACCACAGUGGCCUAUUAUACUUCUAGGAUUAAUUGGUGGCUUAUUGGGAAGCAUUGUGGAUUCUAUUUUGGGAGCGACGCUUCAAUAUUCAGGAAUAAAUGAAAAAGGAAAAAUUGUUGAAAGACCAGGAAAAGGUGUGAAACACAUAAGCGGCCGACAAAUUCUCGAUAAUCACAGUGUCAAUCUUCUCUCCAGCAUUAUCAUAGCUUUGAUUCUUCCGAGAAUAGCAAACUGCAUAUGGCCUUGAAAAACUGUUUUUUGUAAUAAAAAAAAAAAAAACUAAGAGUGAUAUAAUUGCAUUUACAUAAUAUAUGGCUGGCCAUUGGACAGUUAUGAAAGUAUCACGUAUGGAAAUUAUGAACUGAUUGAUAUUAAAGUAAUAAUAUUUUUUUAUACCAACAGACUGUGUAAAUAAUAAUUUUAUUAUCGGCAGUAAACUUAAGCAUAUGGCUAGGCGACAAAGCUGUGUGUUGAGAAAUUGUAUAUGUAUAAAAAAAAAAAAAAAUA